UAUGCAGCUGUAGGUAUGGUGAACCCUCACUUCUGAGCAGGCCAGAAAACCCUCACUAGUGGUUAUUUUGAUAUGCGAUACCCUGAUGCUAAUCUAAGAAGUCGAAUGCAAAACCGAAGAAACCCCAGCAACAAUAACAACCCUCAGCCGAGUGCGGAGCACUUGGCAGCCUCGGCUGCCUUCAGACACAGAGAGUGAGUGUGAGCGGUGACGGGAUGCGAGGUCCGUUCUCUGGGUCGGCUGGAGCUUCACGCGGUCCCCACAACUGCAUAUGUGUGAGAGGAAGAGGAGGCGUCUCCCCAUCGCAGCGCUGAGACCUGUAAUCAGACAUCCCCUCCCCAAAGAGACAGAAACUUCGGACGAGGGACAGCCUGACCCUGGGAGCAAGUGACAUUGGUGACAGAAGAAGAACAAGAAUGAUUACAUAUCUAUAACUCCCAGCAGUAUGUCAGGGUAUAUACCCAGUUACUUAGACAAGGAUGAGCUAUGUGUAGUAUGUGGGGACAAAGCCACCGGAUAUCAUUAUCGCUGCAUCACUUGUGAAGGUUGCAAGGGAUUUUUUAGAAGAACCAUUCAGAAAAACCUCCAUCCAACCUAUUCCUGUAAAUAUGAAGGAAAAUGUGUGAUAGACAAAGUAACAAGAAAUCAGUGCCAGGAAUGUCGCUUCAAAAAGUGUAUCUUUGUUGGCAUGGCAACAGAUUUGGUGUUGGAUGACAGCAAGCGGUUGGCAAAGAGGAAGCUGAUAGAAGAAAAUCGAGAGAAGAGACGUCGGGAAGAGCUGCAGAAAACAAUUGGGCACAAACCAGAGCCAACAGAUGAGGAAUGGGAGCUGAUCAAAAUUGUCACUGAAGCACAUGUGGCCACCAAUGCACAAGGAAGCCACUGGAAGCAAAAAAGGAAAUUUCUGCCAGAAGACAUUGGUCAAGCACCAAUAGUUAAUGCCCCAGAAGGUGGGAAAGUGGAUUUAGAAGCCUUCAGCCAGUUUACAAAAAUUAUCACACCAGCGAUUACAAGAGUGGUGGAUUUUGCCAAAAAGUUGCCUAUGUUUUGUGAGCUGCCAUGUGAAGACCAGAUCAUCCUUCUGAAAGGCUGCUGUAUGGAGAUAAUGUCCCUCCGAGCAGCAGUUCGCUAUGACCCCGAGAGUGAGACUUUAACGCUAAAUGGGGAGAUGGCGGUGACGAGGGGCCAGCUGAAAAAUGGGGGUCUUGGCGUAGUGUCUGAUGCCAUUUUUGACCUGGGCAUGUCUCUUUCUUCAUUUAACCUGGAUGACACCGAGGUUGCCCUUCUUCAGGCUGUUCUGCUCAUGUCGUCAGAUCGCCCAGGCCUUGUUUGCGUCGAGAGGAUAGAAAAGUGUCAAGAGGGUUUCCUCCUGGCAUUUGAACACUACAUUAAUUACAGAAAACACCAUGUUGCACACUUUUGGCCAAAACUGCUGAUGAAAGUGACAGAUCUGCGAAUGAUUGGAGCCUGCCAUGCCAGCCGCUUCCUGCACAUGAAGGUGGAGUGCCCCACAGAACUCUUCCCUCCGUUGUUUCUGGAGGUGUUUGAGGAUUAGAGAGACUGGAGCAGUCCUCCGCACCCCUGUCGCACUACUGGCUGUCAUGUCAUUCCAUUGCCCAGCUCUUCUCACCCUUGUUUGUUCUUCUUUUGUUCUCUUCUGAUUCUUGAGGCGGGGUUGGGUUUUUGUUUGUUUUUGUUUGUUUGUUUGUUUGGGGUUGCUGGGGGCAGUUGCAUACACAUGGAUGAAAACAUCCCUUUAAUGCAGGUACUUGUGACUAUUGCAGUUUGUUCUUCGGUCCUUUGAUGUGAAUGCUUUGACAGCUUAACAGUGAAAAUACAAACAGACCAGUCUCAUUCACCAGCACUUGCGUGGUCACCAGCUCACAUGCAUCAUUGCUUGGAAGUUAUGGGAGAUUAAUUGAAGUGGCAGAAAAUAAAUUGGCCUCCAAGUUAAAGCA